AUGUCUUCUACUACUUCUCCUGAUUUUAAAGUUUCUUCCAAACAAGCACAGGAAUAUGAAUCACAAUAUUCAGCCCACAACUACCAUCCAUUACCGGUAGUAUUUUCCAAAGCAAAAGGUGCUCACGUGUGGGACCCCGAGGGAAAAGAAUAUUUGGAUUUCCUUUCGGCUUAUUCAGCAGUUAAUCAAGGUCAUUGUCACCCCAAAAUCAUUGAAGCAUUGGUUGAUCAAGCUUCUAAAUUGACAUUGUGUUCAAGAGCAUUUUCUUCUGAUGUGUUUGGUGUUUAUGCCAAGUACAUUACUGAAUAUUUCAAUUAUGAAAUGGUGUUGCCCAUGAAUACUGGUGCAGAAGCUGUUGAAACUGGGUUGAAAUUGGCUAGAAGAUGGGGGUAUGUUAAAAAGGGCAUUCCUGAAAAUGAAGCCAUUAUAUUGGCAGCUGUCAAUAAUUUCCAUGGUAGAACAUUGGGAGUUAUUUCAAUGUCAACUGAUACUGAUGCCACAACUAAUUUUGGUCCUUCUUUACCCAAUGUUGGUCCUCAAAUUCCUGGUGAACCAAAAGGAGCAUUGUUGAGAUUUGGAGUGAUUGAAGAUGUUGAAAAGGCAUUUGCCAAUGCUGGUGAUAAAAUAGCUGCUAUAUUGUUGGAACCAAUUCAAGGUGAAGCUGGUAUUGUGGUACCACCUCCAGACUAUUUACCUCGUGUCCAACAAUUGUGUAAACAACACAAUGUAUUGUUGAUUUGUGAUGAAAUUCAAACUGGGGUUGCUAGAACUGGGAAAAUGUUGUGCUAUGAACAUUCACCAGGUGUCAAACCUGAUAUUGUCUUGCUUGGAAAAGCCAUUUCUGGUGGUGUUGUACCAGUAUCAGCAGUAUUAUCAUCAAGGGAAAUUAUGUUGACAUUGGAACCAGGAUCUCAUGGAUCCACUUACGGUGGUAACCCCUUGGCUUGUAGAGUAGCUAUUGCUGCUUUACAAGUGGUUAAAGAUGAAAAUUUAGUCGACAGAUCACAACAGUUGGGUGACUUGUUGAAACAGGAAUUACAAAAGUUGCAACAACAAAGCAAUGGUAUAAUUAGUGAAGUUAGAGGUAAAGGGUUAUUAUCAGCUAUAGUUAUUGAUGAUACCAAAACCAAUGGUAAAACUGCUUGGGAUUUGUGUUUGUUGAUGAAGGAUCAUGGAGUAUUGGCUAAACCAACACAUGAUAACAUCAUUAGAUUAGCCCCUCCAUUGGUAAUUAGUGAAGAGGAUUUAUUGAAAGGAGUUGAUUCAAUUAAGAAAUCUUUGCAAGAUUUUACCAAAUAA